CUCUGCUGCAAUGGUUUGUCCCAGUGGCCUGGUCGCUAAGGAUAGAGAAAGCGACGCGUUCACCUCGGACUUGUCAUGUUGGGACUUUAAACCGAAUUAAACAGUUUUAUUCACUAACGUUGGCAUCGUCUGCAACGUCACGCAAGAUGCUGGCGGGAGCUCUCCUCGUUGCUUUGGGGUUGCUGGCAGCGUCGGCCUCCAAGCAGGAGAAGGUGCUGAGCCAAGAGCACUACGUGGAGGGGGAACACAACCCAGACUAUGACAGGGAGGCGCUCUUUGGAGGAGAGGAGUCGCUGGAGGAGUUUUCGAAGCUGAACCCCGAGGAGGCGGCGAGGAGGCUGCAGGCGCUCGUGUCCAAGAUCGACGCCGACGGCGACGGGUUCCUUUCCAAAGGUCGGUGA